AUGACCCACGUUUUUCAAUGGAAUGGUGAGGGUAAGACCCCUGCACCUUUGGUAGAAGGGAUCGCAGAUGACACGGUUCUGAAAGCUAAUUACAAUCCACCGGGCUUUAACAUGCCCGGUUCAGGGGAUAGAUGGGACCAGGGGUAUGAUUACACGGCCCGUUUUCUCGAGUAUUGUGACGAGCUCGUUCCAGGUUUUGUAGCAAAGCUUAACAAUAUGAUGAGAAAGACUUAUGAUGUCUCUUUUUUUCAUAAUUUAACAGGAAAGCCUGUGGAGGAACUGUGGAAGGAUUACAAGGCUAAAUAUGCCAAUAAGGCUUUAGAAGGAAUAAAAAGCUAA